AUGGUAGACCCUAGUAUUGCUUUCUAUGGGUUUCAGCCUGUUCCCAGGGAUCCAGACGUCCUCUUUCGGGGCCAUCCUUCCGCCAGCGGUGACAGUCCUAAGCAAGACCUCUUCGUCGCGAAAGAUUUCCCCCUUCCAGAUAGUCCAUUAGUUCAGAAAGUAAAAAUAUUCGUCAGCGAACAUCUAGACGAACAGACUUUUAACCACAGCAAUCGAGUCUACAUUUACGGCGUUGCCCUUACCCGUACUCAUUUCCCUGCAUGGUCUUAUGAUCUUGAAACGUAUUACCUUGCGUGUCUUCUUCAUGAUAUCGGCACUGCGGAUCAGUUUCUCUCCACCACGAAACUGUCUUUUGAAUUCAAGGGCGCAAUUGUUGCCCGUGAUCUUAUUUUACAGCUUGGAGGCGUCGAAGACCAGGCAGACAGUGUCUGUGAUGCCAUCGUCCGGCACCAGGACAUUUUUGUCAAAGGUGGCAACAUCACUAUGAUCGGGCAAGUUCUGCAACUAUCAACUAUUCUCGGCAACGUGGGCCUCCGUGCAAACCUCAUUCAUCCUCAACUCAUUAAAACGACAACGGCGACCUUUCCACGUAAAGGCUGGUCAGAGCAUUUUGCCCUCGUGGUUGAAAAGGAGCUCUCUCUCAAGCCAUGGUGCCACACAUCUUCUUUUGAAGUUCCCGAUUGGAAGGAAGGCAUCCCAAGUAAUUUCGCCAGAGAUGUUAGGGGGAAUGAGGUAAUGAGGGCGUUUGACUGAAUUGGAUUGAGCGGCGUUCUGUUUCUCAAUGACUCCGAAUGAAAUGUCGAUUGCGAAGCCUUCUUGUGAUGAACGAACCCAAAGAAUUGUGUUGUCGCUUUCUAGUUUAUUUCCGCUUGUAUCCUGCACGAAAUGCGGUACUGCCCGACGGACUGUCCCUUCUUGGUGUAGUAUAACAGGCACAUUAUUCAAACAAAUGGAAGCUGUAUACAUUUUGUAGGAUACAGGGCUUGAAAUUUGACAUUUAACCGUAAUAGUCCUUGGCUCGCUAUUCAGCCAAUUUUCUUGCUUAUCAAUGCCGUUCGUAACCGUUCCUAUAUCAUG